AAUGUUUAACUUAUCUCACUCCAUCUUAAGGUAUUAGUACAAGCAGAACUGAGAGAGACCUCAAACACAUUUGGUUGGAUUUGGGAGAGAAGUCUGGUUGGAUUUGGGAGAGAAUAAGGCAGAUUCAAGACGAUGGCAAGCAUGGCACUGCAGUUACUGGGCUUCUUCAUAGCCCUUUUUGGUUUUAUUGGGACCAUUAUUGCCACGGUGCUCCCUCACUGGUGGAGAACUGCUCACGUUGGCACCAACAUCAUCACAGCAGUGGCAUACAUGAAGGGCCUGUGGAUGGAAUGUGUGUGGCACACCACUGGAAUUUACCAAUGCCAAGUCCAUCAAUCUCAGUUGGCACUUCCCCGUGAUCUUCAGAUUGCACGAGGUAUGAUGGUGACAUCUUGUGUCCUUUCAGUCCUGGCAUGUGUUGUUUCUGUGUUUGGCAUGAAAUGCACCCAAUGUGCCAAAGGGUCUUCAGCUAAAAAGAUGAUUGUCAUCCUUGGUGGAGUGGCCUUUCUGCUCGCUGGACUUACAUGUCUCAUUCCUGUAGCAUGGUCGACCAAUGAUGUUGUCCGAGACUUUUAUAACCCUGCACUCCCUUACGGGAUGAAAUUUGAGAUCGGCCAAGCUCUCUAUGUCGGCUUCAUCUCAGGAGGCCUGUCGGUAAUUGGCGGAAUCAUUCUCUUCUUUACGGCGUGUCAGAAGAACAUCGAUCAAGUACCCUACAUCCAUCCAUCACACACCACAAGAAGGGUUCCAAUGAGCAAGCCAACACCAGUCCAUAGAAGUAGCCAUUUACGUACUUGGUCAUCUUGGUCAUCUACAUCUCGCCACGGUUACCAGAUCGGGGACUUUGUUUGACCGGAGAAGAAUUGCUUCAUCCAUUUCAAACUUUGUAUUUAUAUUCAUGUUUACUGUAUAUCUAUAACUGGACAGACUUGUAAAUAUGUAACAUUGGGUCACAUUUUAUAAUAAUUUAUUAAGCUGAGGGCACAUGGAUAAAUCCUGUUGCUCUCCAUAUGUGGUAA